AUGUCACUGGGCAGGCCGGGAGAAACAGAGGGCAGGCCGGGAGAAACUGAGGGCAGGCCAGGAGAAACCGAGGGCAGGCUGGGAGAAAACGAGGGCAGGCCGGGAGAAACCGAGGGAGGCGGGGAGAAACCGAGGGCAGGCCCAGAGAAACCGAGGGCAGGCCCAGAGAAACCGAGGGCAAGCUGGGAGAAACUGAGGGCAGGCCAGGAGAAACCCAUGGCAGGGCUGGACAAACUGAGGGCAGGCCAGGAGAAACUGAGGGCAGGCCAGGAGAAACUGAGGGAAAUCCGUGAGAAUCCGAGGGAAGGCCAGGAGAAACUGAGGGAUGGCUGGAAGAAGGGAAGGCUGGAAGAAGGGAAGGCUGGAUCAAGGAAAGGCUGGAUCAAGGAAAGGCUGGAACAAGGAAAGGCUGGAAGAAGGAAAGGCUGGAAGGCUGGAAGAAGGGAAGGAAGAAUGGAAGAAGAGACCAAACGGCCAAUGACCAAGAAAGUGCCAUAUGUGGCACAAAAAUUAGUAGGGAAACCAUCGUUAAGGAGGAACACCUUGUAG